UAGCAACGUUUGCUAGAUAUGUUCAUAUCCGUGACUUCCGGCGGAAGUGCUCGACUCUCUCGUCGAUGUCAACAAUGGCGUCGCAGCAGCAUAUGGUCACUGCUGCUCAGAUGGGCGUUCAGCAAGCGGCUGUUUUACAGCAAUCACAAACUCAACAACAACAGCAGCAGCAGCAGCAGCAGCUCAGUCAACAACAAGAUUUCGACCCCGUUCACAGAUUCAAAAUGCUGAUUCCUCUGCUGAAAGAUAGUUUACAGAACGUCAUGACCAUUGCUUCACUAAAUUUUGGACACAAUGCAGCUAUUGACAACGGAAGAACGACAGAGAAGGGUAAUGAUGCAGCAGUUCAGCGGUUUGACAAAAGUUUAGAGGAGUUUUAUGCUCUCUGUGAUCAGCUGGAGCUCUGCCUGCGGCUGGCCCACGAGUGCCUCUCACAGAGCAUCGACAGCACAAAGCAUUCUCCAAAUCUCGUACCUACAGCCACGAAGCCGGACACCGUGCAGACAGAGUCUCUGUCGUACUCUCAGUAUCUCAGCAUGAUAAAAUCACAGAUCUCGUGUGCUAAAGACAUUCAUAAUGCUCUCUUAGAGUGUUCAAAGAAGAUUGCUGGGAAGGGUCAAGGAGCUUGUAAUUAGUAGCUGCCAACUGUAUUUAGAUUCCUUUUUUAUUUUUAUAUUGCGUAGCUUUGAUGCUGAUUGAAGAAUAUGUUUUUGUAUCUUCAGUUCCGUUUUUCUGUUCACUAUUGUGACAAGUGAACUCUUACAAUUAAAAUGAUAUAUUCUUCAAAAGAA